AACUUUCUACAACCUUAAUGGCUUAAUGGAUAUCAGUCGACUCAGUCGACGUCGUACCAUUUGUGAUUCAUGUUCUAGUCUUAAAAAAAAAUGUAGUAAAGCGUGAUUCUUUUCGAUACAACAAUAAUAAUUGUAUAAGUUUCAUCGACCCUUUUUGGUCUUAAUAUUUUAUCUAAACCGUCUCCAAUUUAUUAUCAAUAAACAUAUAUUCAAUAUGAUUUUUCAGUACUUUUACAUAAAUGAUUAUGGUAUUCGUAUUUCAUUCUAGCAAAAGACAUAUUGGCCAUAAUUCGCCGCCAUUCACUUGUUGAGAUAAUGGAUUUUCACACUUUACUCUACCAGGCGCAAAAAAACAACACAAGUGACAAAGAUGUUAAAUAUUUCAAAGCAUCAUUGGAUCCACCAAAAAAAGAAACAAAAGAAAGUAGACAAUUGUCUGACAGUAUUAAGAAGUUCUUAGCUAAAAAAGAUGAAGAAGAUAGACUCAAACAAAUAGAAGAACAGAAGAAAAAAGAUGAAUUAAUAUCUUUGCGUAGUCAAGAUAGGAAAUCAUUCAAAAGAGUCCAGUCUAUGUUAAACCGAACAAAAUCAGCAAAUAAAUCAGUUAUUGAGGAUGCCAAAGAUGAUGUUAAUACAUCUGUUACCAUGGCUGGAUUUAAUCAACCGGAUGAAGAUGACUAUGGAUAUGUUUCUAAAGAUGCCAUGGCGAUCUAUAACAAUAUUAUGAACAAAUAUGUAAAUACUCCUGCUGAUUCUAGAAAUGUAAAAACUCCUAAUCACAGAAGUCAAGACAUUUCUGGUACUAAAGAUCGAGUUAGGGCAGCCUUGCUAAAAGAAGAAGAAGAUCAAUUACUUCCACACAAACGAAAAAGAAAACCUAAAGAUUUAGACAAUGGUGAAGAUUAUCAGGAUAAUGUUGAGCCACAAGAAAAGAAAUCCAAACCUGGUGUUAAUGCAGAGAAAAUCAAAAAAAGGCCGGCACAACCUCCGCCAUUGAAUUUCCAAGAACUACUUAAGAUUGCUGAAAAAAAACAACAUGAACCUAUACUUAUUGAAAAACCUAAGAAAGAAGAACCUUUACCGAUGAUGACGAAGAAAGAAAGACAUAAAUACUUAGAAGACAAGAGAAUUGAAGAAAUACGACUAGCUCGGCUACAAGGCAAGAGCUUACCUAUUACUGAAAAACCCAAAGAAAUUAAACCAGUUGAGAGAAUACCUAAAGCAUAUUCAUCUUCUUCAAAAGUUGAUGUACACGUAGAAGAUAAAUUGAAAAAGAAUGCUUCUGUAUGGGCUAAAGAUUUAAAAGCUAGUAAAGAGCUAAAUAAUAAUAGUAAAAAUGAUAAGUAUGUACCAAGGCCAUUAAAUAAUUCAGAAAGUGUACGAAUGAACUCAAAUGGGAAUAGAACCACCUCUAAAAGUUCAGUUGAAAAACAUUUGUUGCACGAAAAAAGGUAUAGUUCUAAUGAUGAACUGUAUUCACCGAAACCAAAAUCUGUCAGAGAUCAAUAUAUACCCAAAACUAUAAAUUCUAUUGAUAAUAAGUUUUCACCAAAACCUAGAGGUAUGCCUAAUAAUGACAGAUAUGUAUCUCAAUCUAGAAGUACAUCAUCUGACAAGUACUCGCCGAAACCCAAGAGUUCAAUGUCAUCUGAUAAAAAUGUGUCAAAACCAAUCCCCACUGAAAGAUAUGUGCCUAAAUCAAGAAGUCCACCAUCUGACAAAUAUUCUCCAAAACCCAAGAGUGUGCCUUCAAAUAAAUAUGUCUCAAAACCGACGACCACUGAAAAAUAUGUGCCUAAAUCAAGAAGUCCACCAUCUGACAAAUAUUCUCCAAAACCAACAUCCACUGAAAGAUAUGUGCCUAAACCAAAAUUCUCAGGUGAUGAGAAAUAUUUACCAAAACCUAAAAGUACUGUACAACCAGAAAGAUAUGUGCCCAAGGUAAAAAGUUCAUCUUCCUCAGAACAAUAUACACCUAGUGCAGUUAAGCAUUCAAAUGAAAAGUAUAGACCAAUGUCAUCUCAAAGCAUGAAAUCAAAACUUACCAGUUCAAAUGACAAAUAUGUCCCAAUGCCAGUUGAUAAAAAGUUAGGAAGCAAUAACAGCAAUAACAUUAAAUCCAGACAACUCCCACCUAAGGAAAUGGCAUCCAAACAAUUUCCUCCUAGAGACAUGGCGCCUAAGCAGUUUCCUCCUAGAGACAUGGUGCCUAAGCAGUUCCCACCCAGAGACAUGAUACCUAAGCAGUUCCCACCUAGAGACAUGAUGCCUAAGCAGUUCCCACCCAGAGAUAUGAUUCCUAAACAAUUUCCACCUCCUGAUAUGAGAAGGCGAGAUGAUCGGCACAUGCCAAUUCGUAACAAACGUCAAGUCAUUGAAUCAGAUUCGGACGAGUAUGAUUCUGAAUUAGAUGACUUUAUUGAUGAUGGUCCUGAAGAUGAAGCUGAUUACUCUAAAGUUAUUUCAGAAAUUUUCAAAUAUGACAAAUCAAAAUAUAGAGGAAUGGAUGAAGAUGAUGAAUGUAUGGAAUCUGAUUAUCGUACUCUUCAAAAAGAAGAGUUUAAAAGUACUAGAGCUGGACUUUUGGAAGAUUUAGCAGAUAUUCGAAGAGAAAAACAAAUGAUGAAGAAACGAAAAAAACUUUAAUGUUGGACCAACUAUAAUUUUUGUUACCUUAAUUUAUAUAAGCUUGUUUUUUAAGGUUUACUAAUCUUUACAAACACAGAUUUUUGAUGGAAUAAUGUACAUGUAUUUUUUACAAUGUAUAUACUUUAUAGGUUAUUAGGUUACACGUUACUCAUUCAAAUCAUUUUGGGUUAAGCCCCAACCGUCUUAAAUCACUUUACUUAUUAGACACUAGCCAUAUUUGGUAAAUUUUUUUUAGUA